GCAAAACCAGAAUUGUCUUCCCCAGUCUCCACCUCGCUGCUUCCGUGGACUCGAGCAAAACGAGCUGAUCUCCGGCUUCUUGACCUCCUCGUCGCCACCACCAUGUGGAGGAGCUCCCUGAGUUUCUCUUCCACGAGAAAACUCCUUUCAUCAUCAUCGUCCUCUUCUUCAGCCCAUCGCUCAUUCUACAGUGUCGCUGCUCGACCGCUGCAGUCUCUCUCCGAAUCAUCCUCAUCCCGCUCCGUCGCGGCGCCACCGUCGCAUCCAAAUCCGUCGGUUUCGGCAACAUCAGGGGUAGGUCUUAUAGGCAGAGCCAAUGGAGUCAGGCGUUUUGCCUCCUCUUCUCCCGCUGCUGUCACUGCCAUUGCUACUGCCUUUGACGUCUCUUCGCUCGCUUCCUCGAGGGCGAGGGACGCGGUGGACUUGGCUCGUCACUACGGGCGGUGCUAUUGGGAGCUGUCGAAGGCUCGCCUUAGUUUGUUGGUAGUUGCUACCUCUGGAACUGGUUUCGUUCUUGGGAGUGGAAGUGUGGUCGACAUUCCAGGGCUUUGUUGGACAUGUGGUGGCACCAUGAUGGUUGCAGCUGCUGCAAACUCCUUGAAUCAGGUGUUUGAGAUAAACAAUGAUGCUAAAAUGAAGAGAACAAGGCAAAGACCUCUACCUUCGGGGAGAAUAUCUGUACCUCAUGCAGUUGCUUGGGCAUCUUCUGUUGGCGUGGUUGGGACUACAUUAUUGGCAUAUAAGACUAAUGCAUUGGCUGCGGGAUUUGCUGCUUCCAAUCUUAUUCUUUAUGCUUUUGUAUACACUCCACUGAAGCAGAUUCACCCUGUAAAUACUUGGGUUGGAGCUAUUGUUGGUGCCAUUCCACCCCUUCUUGGUUGGGUUGCAGCUUCUGGUGAAAUUUCUCUUAACUCGAUGAUUCUCCCAGCUGCUCUCUAUUUCUGGCAAAUACCCCAUUUCAUGGCUCUGGCACACUUGUGUCGGAAUGAUUAUGCUGCUGGAGGGUUCAAAAUGCUGUCCCUUGGUGAUGCUUUCGGCCAGAGAACUUCUUUAGUAGCUUUACGGAACUGCCUCUAUCUGGUUCCUUUGGGAUAUUUAGCCUAUGACUGGGGUUUGGCAUCCGAAUGGUUCUGUCUAGAAUCGACGCUCCUUACGCUCGCUAUAAGUGCUACAGCAUUUUCGUUUUAUCGGGACCGUACCAUGCAGAAGGCAAGAAGAAUGUUCCAUGCAAGCCUCCUGUAUCUUCCUGUAUUUAUGUCUGGGCUUCUGUUUCACCGUGUCUCGGAUGAUCAUCAAGAUCUCUCAGAGAGCAACUCACUGGAAUAUAACGAGCUCUCAUCUUCUCUGGAAACUCCACUAGAAGAAGACAGUUUUUCCAGUAGAAAGGAGAUUGCUUCAAGGACACAAGCACGACCGCCGGUUGCAUAUGCAUCUUAUGCACCCUUUCCUUUUCUGCCUGCUCCUUCUUAUGCUGGCCCUCAUUGAAUCCGAGUCCUCCAUUUUCCAUAUUUUUGCAGAAAUCCUUGCUGCAAUUUGUGCAGAUUUUUUUUCAUGGAAAUCCCGAAUAGAUAUGAAUAAUGUCGGGUUUGGAAGAAGUUCAAUUAUACAUAGAUACUGAUUA